ACUUUUUAGCAUGACGUCAUGUCAGCCAAAUUUACUAGCGCCAUCUCUGGAGAGCAUCUUUCGAAACCUCCAGACGAUAGAGAGAGCCGUUUUUGCGGUGGGCGUUAUUACAGUUGGAAAAUCGCCCAGGCUCAAGAUAAAGUCGCCGCUCGAGCAAAUGAAUUGAGUUGAGACUCGAUUUAUGAGACAUUUUUGGAGAGACGUUUUCGAGUCGUGAAGGUUGCAGUCCUACGACCACGCUUUUUCCGUAAGAAUACAUUGGAUGCCCUUCGUCCACACAUCCCUGCAGGCCGGCAAUGGAGAGCUUCGACGAGGAGGCUAAGCCCUCCCACCUUGCUGGCUAUGGGGAUGACCCUCUGGCAAUGGCGAUGGCCCAGAGCGGGAUCGAGACAGGGGACCAGUGGUCAUUCCUGGACCUGCGGCCCGACCACGGCGGCGAAGACCAGUACGAUCCCGAGACGUCACCGGACCAGUACGAUCCUGAUGCGUCAUCAGACCAGUUCGGACAGCUGGCGUGUCUACAGACCAGUGACGAGGAAAGGAGUGUGGAGGAGCGGCUCCAUGGGAGGAUGGAGGAGGAUGAGGAGGGAGAGGACGAGGAGGAGGAGGAGGUAGAAGAUGUGGACGGAGACCUGGAUGGCUGGCUGAGCGCCUACUACUACACCGUGGAUACCGGCGAGGACCCGGACCCGGACCCGGACCCGGACAGUCCGGAUACGGAUACCAACGAGUACACGGACCUGACCCCCGCCUCCGUCCUGCCGCGCCUGGUGGCCAGCCUGGGUUGGACGGACGUCGACCGUCGGCCGCCGUAUACCUUUGAGGAGCUGGCCGCGCUGGCCAUCUGUUCGUCUCCUGACCGGCGCCUGACGGCUCGGCUGGCGGCUCAGUUCGUCAGACAGGUGUAUCCCUUCUAUCGGCAGCACGAACAGCGAUUACAGACGUGUCUGGAGCAGGCGCUGUUCGCCAGCCCGUUCUUCCGACGUCUGUCGGGCGGCGGCCCGCUCUCCCGACCCUGGACUGUGACGGUCGAGGGAGAGCGCCGACUCGCCGACGGCGUGCGCCGGCGGCUCGGCGCUGAGGAGCUCUGGAGGCCCGCCAAACCCGCCUGGCAGGAGGACCACAACUACGCGGCAGAGAGCCCCUCCUCCGCGGCGGCGGGUGUGGGGAGGAGGAGGGUCAAACUGGCCACCAAAACGUGACAGAGGUGUCGCUGGCUUCUUGUUGCGUUGGGCUGACUGCCCCCGGAGACCCCUUUAACUGGUCACCAAGCGUCAUCGCCUGCCGUCAUCAGCCGCCACUAGCGUCAUCGGCGUCAUCGGCUGUGCGCCGGGGUCACUAGCGGAUGACGACUGGAGACCAGUACAGGGUGACGACUCAUCCAAAGCACACACAGCACAUAUCUGACAUUGCUGGCCUCUCGGCUCGCCCUGACAUGGUGUAACCAAGUGCAACCUCCAGUCUGGUCAUUGAGAGCGUGAGCUGGUGACUACCGGCCGCUGAAGGCCUUCUGCGAGUCUAUCUGGACCGCUCGCUGGUCAGAGGUGGUCUGCUCGCUAGUCACUGCGUUCACCCGCUAGUCAUAUCGCCAUGGUGUUGCGAGGAGAGGCGAGUCUACUGCCGAGAUUGGCCAUUGGAUUCGGCUGUGAUGAGUGCCCCGGAGUGCUGCGGUGUCUUUAGGAGUGCCCCGAGGAGUGCCGUGGCGGAGUGUGGUGUGAGUGACCCCUUGGAGUGCAGCAAAGAGUUUCAGGAGGGCUGGGGAGCAGCGUUUUGCCACAGUGGCAGUGUCGUGGAAUUGUGGUCUACCCCAGAUGACGGAGUGUCAGAGUGUUACCGGGAGUGUUCAUAAGUAUAGUCUAGAUCAGUGACCCUGAGUGCCCAGGAGUGCCUAGUGCAGGCAGCGGACGGCUGAGAUGGAGCACUCGAGUGCCUACCAGAGUGGGGUCCGCUCUGACCCUGACUACCGAGAAGAACAGCUGCCUCUCAAUUCUUCUUCAUUCGCUUCAGUGAUGGUCAGCUGCCCGACUUUGUUGCCAGCCUGGAAGAGGCGGAUACACUUCGCACAGAGUCAGGCCCCGUCUGUCGACUCAACGCUCCUCUUGAGGCGUAAAACUCCUGGGUCAAAGCGUCACCUCCACUGGAAAUCCAGCUUUCGUCGAUGGCAGACGUCUGGAUCAGAACCCGACCUCCCCUUUCGUCUGUGGCCUCCCGUGGUCUCUGAGAUCGCCGUGUCUGUGUUCAAGAAGAGAGGCAUCUGGGGAGAUAUUUCACCGCCAGCCGACCGACCUGCAUCUUCAUUGAACAGUUACAUCAUCACUCAGCCUCGUCAACCCGACUCAAAAGCUAUACGAGCAUCAUCAACACCAUCUGUAAAACACUCGGGAAUAGUGGCCAGGAGGCACAGCAGCAUGCAGUAACAUCGGCAUGCCAUCCCAUUGGCUGCCUGGGGCGACACAGCGCGGUCGCAAGUGGGGAUGGCAGACGGGGGUUCCUCUCUCAGGUUCGUCGGAGAGACACAGCGCGGCCACACUCACAAGUGGGGAUGGCAAACGGGGGUUCCCCUCUCAGUCUUCGAAACACCGUAGUCGGAACUGGUUGGCGGGCACCGACGUCUUGCGACAUCGUAAAAACAGCGAGUGGAUCUUGUUCAGGUGAACAUAUCUCUUUCCUAAUAAACUUUGGGUACUGAAAGAAACGAUAGUAAAUAUCGACUGGCGCUUCUUGGUGAAUUUUAAGGUAAUUGUCGGCAUAUGGUCGAAGGCAGAAUUUACGGGCAAUCACCAAAAAGUAACCGUUAGAAUGGCUGGUGACCUGGCGAAUGACUGAAGACGAUACGCGGCUAGUGUCAUCACCCAUAUCAAUAGCUAGCGUGUGCUUGUCUGCUGCUUGUCUGUUGCUACCCUUUUGUGUGGUUGAGAGGGGCAGGUGUUUUGGGUGCCAGUCGAAACACAGGGGCAGGGCAGGCGUCAGCCGAAUAUGUGGGCUAUCGGAUCUCACCCCACGCGAUUCACCCAAUGUGAGCUUCCACCACGUAGGCCCGUCUCUUUCACCCCUCUGCGGGCCGCACGGGGUCAGAUCUGGGGUCAGAGGUCACUCUGGAAGAUGCCCCCGGGGCGCUACACUGAGAAGUCGCUGUGUGGUGACCUUUCGCCUGUAUUGGCUAGCGUGCAAUCACUGUGUUUGUGUGUGAUCCUACGUGUGUGUGUUGUUAUGACAUCAUGUUACUCAGCGAGGGUGUUAUGCGUGUGGGAGCAACAAUUUAUACGGCAACUGAUAGGCCAUUUUGCCGAAAUGUUACGCCGUUUUGCAAUACAAAGCAUGUUAUGA